CGUAAAUCAGAUGGGGAGCAUUUGCAACCAAAUAGCGCCGCUGGGUCGGGUGCUUUAGAACAUGAUCCUUGUUGCUUGUAUCGUCCUCCAACAGUUGGUGUUAUGAGCGCAGCAGCCAUUAGCAAUGCCCUAAAUGCGAGUAAUAAAAUAGAGCAAUGUCCUGGUCCACUGCCUUUAGGUGUGGCAGUUAUUGAUAUGUCGGUUUCGUUAUUCGGCCUAAUCUUUCCAAAAGUCGCCAACAAACACCGUUUACAGAUGUUGGAACAUUUUGGUGAGUGCAUUCGACAAGCUAAAAGCAGCCGCCAAGAAGCUGUGCAAAUGAAUAUAUUCACUGCGCUCCUAAGCGGUCUAAAAGGUUUAACCGAUAGUAAAUCAGGCAUUGGUGAAGAAAACGUUAAGAAAAGUGCAACUAAUUUGAUUGUUGCAGCAUUGGUCAGCUCAAAUGCUACACUACGUUGUGCAGCUGGCGAAGCACUUGGACGUAUGGCACAAGUCGUAGGCGAUUCUCGAUUUACGGCUGAAUUGGCACAAAAUUCAUUUGAUAAACUAAAAUCUGCCAGAGAUGUUAUAACGCGUACAGGUCAUUCUUUGGCUUUAGGAUGUUUGCAUCGUUACGUUGGUGGCAUGGGGUCUUCACAGCAUUUAAAUACAAGUGUAUCUAUACUGUUGGCACUAGCACAAGACACCUCAUCACCAGUUGUGCAGGUUUGGUCGUUGUAUGCUCUAUCGCUUAUAGCCGAUUCCGGUGGGCCGAUGUUCCGUAAUUAUGUAGAAGCUACUCUAUCGUUAAGUUUGAAACUUUUACUUGCGGUACCACACUCUAAUGUUGAUGUACACCAGUGUGUUGGACGUUUGCUGAAUGCAUUAAUUACAACUGUUGGUCCAGAAUUACAAGGUAAUGCAGUCGCUGUUUGUGCUAUGCGGUCUUCAUUCUUGUGCGCGGCUUCGAUAAUGCAAGCACACUCCGAUCCACUUGUGCAGGCUGAAGCUACCGGUUGUCUACAGCAAUUGCAUCUGUUUGCUCCGAAAACCGUGAACCUAUCAACUCUAGUGCCUACACUAGUUAAUACAUUAUCAAGUAAUUAUCUUAUGUUACGCAAAGCUGCUGUACGUAUGGCUCGACAGUUAUCACAUCGAGAAGCUAAAGAAAUAUGUGAAUUAGCGCUUUCAAUUACACCAGAACAGUAUCCGGAUCUUGUCAUCACCGAGUUUGGGCUUCCUGGUUUACUAUUCGCUAUGCUAGAUUCAGAAACUGAUGCUGAAAUGUUGAAAAAUAUACACGAUACGCUUACUUCCAUGUUACAAAUGUUAGCAUCAGAUAACCUUAGCUCUUGGUUAAGCCUUUGUAAGAAUGUUUUGACUGUUGCUGUGGAAAAUGCAGCAAUACAAGAUGAAAGUAACACAACAAAAAGUGAUCCUUCUAAUAAGAAUUCAAAUGCAGCAGAUAAUGCAACAAAAGAUGAUAAUGACGAUGAUGAUAAUGCGGAUGAUGAUGAUGUCGCUGAAUAUCAUGCUGAGGAAAAUACUUCAACACAUCCUGCUGUGCAGCCACGCUGGCCUACACGUGUAUUUGCUGCGCAAUGUGUUCGAAAAAUUAUCUCCACUUGUGAAUCAGCAAAUCCUAUACAUUUUGAUUUGAUACAAGCUAAAGAAAUGCAAAUGAUUAAAUCUCGUGGUGAUUAUUUAAUUUUACAUUUAGCAGAAUUGAUACGUAUGUCAUUCAUGGCUGCAACUUCUGACUCAGAUCAAUUACGUUUAGAGGGGUUACGUACACUACAGGAAAUUAUAGAUCGAUUUGCUGGUGUGCCUGAACCGGAAUUUCCUGGUCAUCUGUUAUUGGAACAAUUCCAAGCACAAGUUGGUGCUGCCUUAAGGCCUGCAUUUUCACCAGAUACACCAUCACAUGUAACUGCGGCAGCAUGCGAAGUUUGCUCAGCUUGGAUUGGUUCUGGAGUAGCACGAGAUUUGAAUGAUUUACGACGCGUACAUCAGUUGUUAGUAUCAUCACUUGAUAAAUUACACUCGAAAACCAACAGCACACAACUUUACAACGAAUCUAUGGCUACACUAGAGAAAUUAAGCAUUUUAAAAGCUUGGGCUGAAGUAUACAUUGUUGCUAUGAUCGGCAAUGGUUCAGCACCGGCUUCUUUGUUUCAGAAGAAACUAACAACAACCAACAGCAUUUCGCCAUUAACUACAGGCUUAGACUUAGAUAAUGGUGAUUUAAUGAAUGAUGAUUUCGGUGAUUUUGAAAGUCACGGUGAAAGUUUGUUAAGCUUAGUUAAGCCAGAAUUAAGCAAUUUAUCGACGCAUUGGCUGGCAGCUAUGAAAGAUCACGCGCUUUUAUUAUUACCAGCUGAGUUUCAAAGUCAGUUACCACAUGAUGGAGGUGCAUUUUACACUACUGAUACCAUAAACUCUUCCAAGCCUCACUAUUUGACAUCAUGGCCCCCAAUACUUUAUGCAGCUUCCUUAUGGCUUAAGGAUGAAGGAUUUGCUUUACAUUUAAACACGAACUCCGCUAAUUCUAAUGGUGUUGCGGAUAAGACAAAUUUUGAAGCUAAUAAUAAUAUAACACAUGGUUCACUAUCAGCAGAUCGUUUCCAUAUGAUAUUUGGAAUUUGUAUGCAAGCGUUAUGUAGUACACGUACUUCGGAAAAACCCAAAAAUGUUUUAAGUUGUCUACAAUCUUUAUACACAAUUUUCGAUUCGAAUUGGGCACGACAACAGUUAGUCAAAGAUAAAGCUUUAACGAUUGAACUUUGCAAUGUUUUACAUCGCCAAAUUUUAACGCGAGAUGAGUUAUUGGUGCAGUUACUCUGCAUGGAAAUUCUCAAGCAAUCCAUACAAGCCGCAAAAGAAGACUUGGAAACAAAAAAGAAUGUAUAUCUGGAACAGCACAAAAAUACGGAUAAUAGUGAAAAUAUUUCACUAAACACAGAAAUAGAAAACUUAGGCGAAGGUGGUACUAAAGGUGAAAUUCCGCCUGGCGAUUCACAUGUGUAUGCAGUUUUAGAAGUGUGCUUAUGCGUUUUUGUACGACAGAUACCAACUAUGAAUCCUAGUGCUGCCAGCAAAUUAAGCACAAUACAAUUUCAGCAAGAACUAGCAGCAAAAAAUAGUUCUUCGCAGUCUUUCUUUUCAGUACUAUCUGAAGAUAAUGGUAUGCUAGUUGCAAGUGGUCUACAAUGUGUUGAGGAACUUACAGCACUCUGUUCACCACAAGGUGCACUUACAAUUCUACCAACUAUACUGUUCAUGACAACAUCUAUUAUAAGAGAGAUUGCCAAUAAAUCUUCGAUUGACUCAACUAUACUAGCAAAUACAAGUGCGGUACAAGCCGCAUUGCACACACUUAAAUCGGUAUGUAUUGAUAAUUGGGCAAAAAAUGAGACAGUAUCAAGCGAUUGGCAACAACUGCUACAAAGCGCACUUGCAACUAUAAUUGACUUGACAAAAACUGCUGGUGAUGAUGACGAACGCAAAGUCGAUGAAGUGACAAUGUUACUUGCUAUAGCUGUUUUUAUAUUACAUACACCGGCUUUCUUGAUAUCAGCUCCUUCAUUGCAAUAUCCAUGUAUUAAUCAUUUUCGACAAUGCAUGCAAUCUGAUAAUUUGUCAGUCAAAUUAAAAUGCAUUCAAACAGCUCGUUCGAUUUUUUCAAAAGCUGAUCUGAAGACCUCUACACCAUAUAUACAUGCCCUAGCUCCACGCAUCAUCGAAGGUUUAUAUAUGGAAACAACAAAAAUACCACGCACAGAUAUGGAAUUGCAAAUUACUUUGGAGAGCAUCGUAACAGUACAGACUUUAAUUGAGUUGGCGGAGCCGCAAAAUCGAAACUUAUUGCAAGGUAUUCAAAUGCUAACACUACUUGUUCCUGUGCUCAUCAACUUUUUGGCUGAGCCUAGUAAAUUGCGUACCCUACCCAAAUAUCAACGGCAGCUACAUGAGCAAUCAUUACAGUGGUUAAUGAAAAUUGGACCCAAAUAUCCACAGGAAUUCAAAACAUUGAUGGGACAGACACAGGAGUUACGUCAAAAACUUGAGGUAGCCAUACGAAAUCAGCAGCACACAAUAAACAUUGCGAACAAAGUGAACGAUAAUCGAAGUGCGGGUGCAGCACAAAAGCCGCAGAAACCUACUAUCAAACUGAAAACAGACUUCAGCAAUUUUCAUUGAAUUCGAGGGGAUAAUACGAGUACACUUUUUGGAAACGUGUAUUACGAAGUGUUGAAAUUACAUACAAAUAUAUGUGAUGUUUAUGCAAUUAUACUAAAAUUAUACUAAAAAUAA